AGACGCUCGGCCUCGGAGGCGGGCUGCAGGCAAAGGACGCGGCGGCGGCGGCGCUCUGCCCCCCAGUCUCUAUGGUCGCCGGGGCGCUCUAGCCCUGCCCAGGCCAUGUCACUGGCAAAGGGUGACAGUCUAGCCUCCGCCUCCCACGUCUCUAUGGCUCAGGCAGGUCACCCUCCAGCGCGCGCUAAAUCCUCCGAGUAACGACUACACACUACCCAGCAUGCACCGCUUCCGCAACAAGAGCAACUUUAUCGGCAGUGGCCGCGGAGGCGCAGACAGGGGCGGGGCCUGUGCGAGGGCGUGGCCAGGACGCCUGGGUUCCAUGCCCUGCUCUGACACUGACCUGCUGUGUGACCCUGGGCUCUGUGGGGAAUGAGGCCCAGCCAGGCGUGGUGUUGCGGGCCCUGCCCUCGGGGCUGCGCCCAGGGGACACGCUGCCUUGGGCAGCAUUCCCAGCCGCCUGGCCGGGGCCAAAGAGACACGCUGAGGCCCUGAACCGUGGCUGUAGGGCUGGGGCCUGGACACCCUGCUGGCCUCCCGUGGCUGGAGAAACCACACAGGCCUUUCCCCCAUUGUCCGCCCCACCUAAGCAGCUGCUCUCCCAGGCCAAGCAUCACUCAGUAAUCUCCUUUGCCGUAAUAAAUCUAAGCCGGGCCAUCUGUGAGCAGAGCCAGGCCCGUCAGACAAGAGGCAGGAGCAGAAAUCCAGGCAGCACCAUUCUAGUGGAAACCUCAAGACCUGUGGUCAGUGGCAGAAGAUGCUGGUGUCUCCCAUGGCAGAGAGGAAUAAGGAGCUGAUCCUGGAGGUACUGGCUGACUACGUGGAUAAUACAAGCCAAGCCUUUGGGCUGGAGCUGGCCUCUGGGACUGGGCAACAUGUGGUGCAUUUUGCCCAAGCCCUGCCUAAUGUCACCUGGCAGCCUUCAGAAGCCAGCCCAUCUGCCCAUGAGAGCAUCUCUGCCUACAUCAGAGCCAUCUAGGUGCAGAACGUGAAGACGCCACUGGCCAUUGAUGUUUCUCAGCCCUAGGACCAGUGGGCAGGCUUCAGCCAGGGCUGCUGCAAUGUCAUCGUCAUCAUCAAUCUGCUGCACUUCCUUGCCCAAGGCCUGGAGGGACUAUUCCAGGGUGUGGGCCAGCUGCUGAAGCCUGAGGGAGUGUGCCUGAUCUAUGGGCCUUUUGCCAUCAAUGGGAUCAUCAGCCCUGAAUGCAAUGUGGAGCUGGAGGAGAAGCUCCAGGAGAGGAAUCCAGGCUGGGGGCUGCGGGAUGUGGAGGAGCUGCGGCAGCUGGCCACCCCCAACACGCUGCGCCUCGAGCGUAUGCUGGAAAUGCCAGAAUACACCAACUGCCUGAUUUUUCAGAGGAGGGAGCUGGAGCUGGCAUAG